CGCCGCGCAGAGCGGCCUUGCGAUUGGCGGCGGGAGCUUUGGCGCCAGCUUCGGGGCGGGCGGCGGCGCUGACAGGAGGCCGGGAGGGACGAUGGAGGCCGCGCCGGGCGGCUCCUACCGCCGCCGCCUCCUGCUGCUUUCGCCGGCUUCCCCCGCCGCCGUCAAGGCGCUGUUCCCCGCCGAGCUCUCGCCCGUCUCCGACCUCCGCCUCACCAUGGAGCAGCUGGGACGCGGCUCGGCCGGUCAGCAUGAAAACGCUGAACAAGAUCCAGGAAACAAGAAUGCCAAUGGUCUGCAGAGAACGGUGUCAUCGGAGUCAACAGAUUCAGGUUGUGCCUUGGAUUCACCCAGUCCUCUGGCCUCCAACGACAUCAUGGAAGAAACGUUUGAGAAGGCGAUUCUUGAAUCUAGCAGACUGAACAUUCGACUGCCUCUCAGAAGAAUACAUUCACUGCCACAGAGGCUCCUGGGAUCCAGUCCUGCUCUGAAGAGAAGCCAUUCAGAUUCUCUGGAUUGUGAUGCUUUUCAACUCUUAGACCAAAAUGAAAACAAGGAGAAUGAAUCAUUUGAGUUUAAGAAGCCAACCAAACCAGCUUCUCGUAGUUCUGUGCACGUCCAUUCCCGUGAUGGCAAAGGUGUUCCUGGACAAAGGCAAAAUUCCUCCUCAGCUCAGGGAUUUCCAUCUAAUGAAAUACCCACGGGUGAGCUGGAAAACCACAGGUCAGCUUUCCAGCAGCAGUCUCCUCUAGCUUCCUCUGAAAGUGAAGAUGAUGAUGGAUUCCUAGAGCUCUUAGAUGAGCAAGAUUUGAAGAAUGAUGAGGAGAUACCAUCUGACGUGGCAAGCCUCUGGACUGCACCGCUAGUCAUGAGGAAAACGGACAUGCGGGCCAAACGAUGCCGGUUGUUUGGCUCUUCAGCUCUGCCCAGUGGCGUAGGCAGAACUACCCAGAAAAGGAUGGAGAGGUCACAGGAAGAGAAUUCUCCAGGGAAAAGCAAGAAGAGGAAAAGCCUGCCUGGAACACCAUCCGAAGACGCAACGAAUUUGAAGAUAGUAAAGACACAAUCCUCUGCAGCAGAGAUUGAAAGCAUUUUGGACAGUGAUCAGAGAGACCUUAUUGGUGACUUCUCAAAGGGUUAUUUGUUCCACACUGUUGAUGGGAAGCAUCAAGAUUUAAAAUACAUCGACUCGGAAAUGAUUGUGUCUGUGCUGACUGGAAAAUUUGCAAGCUUCAUCAAGGAAUGUGUGAUAAUUGACUGUAGAUAUCCAUACGAGUAUGAAGGGGGACACAUUAAGGGUGCUGUAAACCUCCAUAUGGAAGAGGACGUGGAAGACUUCUUGCUGAAGAAGCCAAUCCUGCCGUCGGAGAACAAGCGGGUGAUCAUAGUGUUCCACUGCGAGUUCUCUUCGGAGCGGGGCCCGCGGAUGUGCCGGUUUGUGAGGGAGCGGGACAGGCUGGGGAACGAAUACCCCAACCUCCACUACCCAGAGCUCUAUGUCCUGAAGGGAGGCUACAAGGAUUUCUUCCUAAGAUGCCGUAGCUUCUGCGAGCCCCAGAGCUACCGCCCCAUGCACCACGAGGACUUUAAAGAAGACUUGAAAAGAUUUCGCACCAAAAGCCGAACCUGGGCUGGUGAGAGGAGCAAAAGGGAACUGUACAGCCGCUUGAAGAAGCUCUGAGGGCUGAUGGGAUGAGCAAAGACUGCGCGCUGCGGGGUCGGGGGGAGCUGUAGCGGGAGGGAAGCCUGCUCCUUGCUGGUGUUACCGGGUGCCAGCCCUCUCCUCAUCUGUCCUAAUGGCAACGCUGCGGCCGCAGGCUUCAACCGAGCAACCCAGGUACUGGCUGGAGGCCGCCUGUGCUCAAUAUUCUUAUGCUGCCUCAUGGAAACAGCUUCUCACGCUCUGACAUCCACAAACUGUCCAACAGCCUGCCCCAGGAGGCUGUCCUCUGCGGUGCACGUUGGCCUGGCAUGUGGUGCGAGGAGGGGAGGAUGUUUUAGUGCCUGUCAGUUUUUUAAAUGCCUUAUUUUAUUUAAAUACAGUCAAGUGAAGCGGAGACGGCUGCAGUUGAAUCAUCUGGGGUGUACUCAAACUUUGUUCCUGCUGAAGGGCAGCCUGUGGUGGGGGUGCGGGUGGAGGUUUUGUUCUUUUUUUCUCAGCUGCAGCUUGGGUUGUGUUGUUAGCGUGACGCGUGGUGGUGCAGCACGAUGGAAACACAGCCAGGGCUUCCACGUCGCUGAGCUCCCGUGUGACGCUGAGGGAAGCCUCCUGAAGAAAUACCUGUGGGGAAAUUGCUUUUUUUUUUUUAUAUAUAGAUAUUAUGUUCACCUCAUUUACUUAAUCUCAAUCGCUUUGUUUUGUAUUAACUUGAAUUUAGCUGCUGCUUUAGUUCUAAAGAAAUCGGUGUCUCCAAGUGGGCAGAAUGAAUCUCUGGGAACUGAUUUCAGGAAUGAACUGCCUCGGGUGAUCCUGGGGACACCAGGUGCCAAAGCUGUCACAAAGCUCUCAGCAGCGGCGUUUGCUGCUGCUGCUCCCUCCCAGGCCAUGUAUUUGUGUCGUGAAAUGUGUCCAGGAGAGAGCCUGGCCGGGAGGGACCAGGCUCAGCCCGUCCACGUGCCUCCGUGAGGCUGCUCUGAUGCUGCUCCUGCUGCCGUGGGUUUUUCUUCAGCCAGCUCUCCAGUAGCCGAGCCUCUGCCAGGAGAGGCAGGAAACACAAUUAAUUGCAGAAAGAAGAAUUCCUCGGGUAGUUUUGUACCCUAGGGCUGAGCCGUGCGAACUGCCCACCUAAAGCAGGGCUUGCAGUUCCGUGGCAUAGCAGGGACCAAAAACCUAAAGUGCUAAAACUGCUUUGCUGCCCCUUCUUGUUCCACACCCACAGAACCUGGCGGCAGCUCAGUGAAGCUCGUGCAGGCUGGGAGCAGCCCCAUGUCCUGGAAACUGCUGUGGCUUGAGCAGAAAUCCACAUUUUGCAUAGCCUGGCUUGCUCUGCAUGAGCCAGUCUUGCCUGCUGUUAACAUCUGUGUCAAAGAACUGACUGGAAGCAGAGGUGUCUUGUGUGGGCUUUUAACUUGACUUUUUAAAUCUGAUUUUUAAAACCUGCUGUUAAUCCUCCUGAGAACAGAGAGGGUAGGCUUUGAACUCUGACUUUCUCAUUUAAAAAAAGAAAUCAAGCUUUGUUUCAGCAAAAAUUAUUACCUUGAGGGGGGGGGAGAUGAGAUGACACAUCAGGAAUUCUGACUACCCCCUUGCUCUUUGCGUGUGUCCCACGUCUCACGAGGUUUGGAACUUCAGAGGAAGCCGCUGAGGCCUGGGGGGCUGCUCUGCCCUGGGGCUCGCCUGUGGUGGUGCCGCACAGGCAGCAGCACCCUGACCAAUCCAAACUGCUUUGAAGUGGUGAAGGAUCAGUGCAGGGAUAGGACUUUAGGGGCUGUUUGAGUGCAGCUUGGUAAACAAGCAUGUAGUCACUCUGUGGAAGUUUAAUUUGCCCUAUUCAAAAAAAAAAAAAAUGGGUGGAGGGGAAUAGAUUCAUUGGAUUGGUGAUGCUCUUUUCAGAUUACAGCUGCUGGAGCAAAUGCAAAUAAGCAUUGUCCUGAGCUCCCUGAUAUUCAGGGGGCAAACUGCUGUGGGUGUUGCUGCUCUGCUCUGGCAGUGUCAGAGCACGGAGCUGCAGCGCACGCCUUGAGCCGUCAGGAACGCCUCUGGCCCUGCUGAGCCUGCUCCCAGCCCCUCGCCUCUGCCCCCCCAGCCCCAUCCCCGUGUCCUGCGGUGAGCCCUGGGGGUGUGCAGGGAGGGGGAAGCUGCGCCGUGAAUGUUUCCGACCAGGACCUGUACCUUGUCAGCCUGCGACUGUACUAAUGGACUGCUGCAGGCACAGAGAAUAAAGUACUUGAACUCCA